UAAAUAAUAUAAGUGCAACGUAACCCUUGGCUACACAAGCUUAAACUAAAGCAGUCUGGAUGUAGUCUCACUGUUUAGCUUAGUUUGCCACGUAUCUUUAAAUUCUGGUGACUAUGCUAUUGUAAAUGUUACUGAAAUAACAUUUAACAAGUUAUAUUAAAAUAUUAUAUUCUAAUCUAUGGCGCUGCUCAGUCUGAUUAAGAUGCAGAUGAAGAUGAUCUUUAACAGUGAGCCUGAUGAAGAUGAAGAUGAUCUCCUGAUCUCCUCUCGUUAAGCUUGUUAGCUCUGACACUCAGAUUACUGUCUGUCCUCAGGGGGGCGGAGCCUGCUGUCCACUGACCCCGCCCCCUGACCUCCAGUGUGUGUGUGUCUGUUACGCUGUGUGUGUGUGUGUGUGUGCGUGUGCGUGUGUGUGUGUGUGUGUGUGUUGCAGAGUGUGUGAUUAAAGUGGAUUUAGACGUCGGCUGGCAGCCGUUGCAGACGGAGAGCUCUCUGAGACCGUUUCUGUAACAGAGUGAAGACCUCUCUCCGACGUCAGACGGCGAGCUGGAGUCCGUCAGUGACAUCAUCAGCAGGUGACACCCUUCCCAUGGUGCCCUGCAGCUUUUGGGGUCGCCAUGGGAGAUGAGUCGUACCCAGAAUGCCGAGCUCAGGAGCUGUUCGACGAGUUCAUGUUGGCGUCGACCUGCAGGGCGGCGCUGUUGUCCUUCAGCCAGGUGUGUGAACAUCUGCAGCUGGACCGGAGCGCCGCCGAGAGGCCGCUGUACCGACCGAUCAAACGCCGCCUCAACUACUGGAGGGCCAACGCACUGUGGGCCAAACUGGACCGACGGGCCGCUCAGCAGGAGUACCUGAGGGCCCGGGUCUGCAACGACACCACCUGUGUGAUCAUCGGGGCGGGGCCUUGCGGUCUGAGGACUGCGGUAGAGCUGAGCUUCAUGGGAGCUCGGGUGGUGCUGCUGGAGAAGAGGGACUCUUUCUCCAGGAACAACGUUCUCCACCUGUGGCCUUUCACCAUCCACGACCUGCGGGGCCUCGGCGCCAAGAAGUUCUACGGGAAGUUCUGCGCCAGCUCCAUCGACCACAUCAGUAUCCGUCAGCUGCAGCUGAUCCUACUAAAGAUCGCCUUACUGCUGGGGGUCGAAGUCCAUGUCAACGUGGAGUUCAAGAACCUCGUGGAACCCCCAGAAGAUCAGAACCGACGCAAGGUGGGCUGGAGGAUGGAGGUGAGUCCAAAGUCUCAUCCUGUCAAUCAGCUGGAAUUUGAUGUCAUCAUCGGAGCAGACGGACGCAGGAACACUCUACCAGGUUUCAGGCGGAAAGAGUUCAGAGGGAAGCUCGCCAUCGCCAUCACCGCCAACUUUAAAAACAGAAACACAUCCGCUGAGGCCAAAGUGGAGGAGAUCAGCGGAGUCGCCUUCAUUUUCAACCAGAGGUUCUUCCAGGAACUACGACAGGAAACUGGUAUCGAUCUGGAGAACAUCGUUUACUAUAAAGAUGACACUCACUACUUUGUGAUGACGGCAAAGAAACAGAGUCUGUUGGAAAAAAAAGUCAUUAAACAGGACUUUGCGGACACCGAGCUGCUUCUGUCUCGGGCGAACGUGGACCACAAUGCAUUGCAGGUGUACGCCCGCGAGGCCGCCGACUUCUCCACCAAUCAUCAGCUGCCGUCUCUGGACUUCGCCAUGAAUCACUACGGUCAGCCGGACGUCGCCAUGUUCGACUUCACCUGCAUGUACGCGUCAGAGAACGCUGCCAUGGUUCGCCAACGCCACGGACACCAGCUGCUGGUCACGCUGGUGGGAGACAGUCUGCUGGAGCCCUUCUGGCCGAUGGGAACAGGAAUAGCUCGAGGGUUUCUGGCAGCUCUUGAUUCAGCCUGGAUGAUCCAGAGAUGGUCUCAAGGAGACGCUCCACUGGACGUCCUGGCAGACAGAGAGAGUCUGUACCGUCUCCUUCCUCAGACGACUCCAGAGAACCUUCAGAAGAACAUCAGUCUGUUUACAGUCGACCCGACGACCAGAUACCUGAACAUCAAUCACACCUGUAACAUCACACCUGCUCAGGUGAGACACCUGGUGGACACAGGUGAGGAGGCGGGGCUAAACCCAGACUGUGCUGACAUCAUCCGCCUGCCAUCUCCCGGCUUCCUCAGACAGAGCUCCUUCUCUCAGUCCAAUAAGCUGCUGGCAUGGUGUCAGGAGCAGACUCAUGGUUACCGGGGCGUUGCCGUUAGCGACCUGACUACUUCCUGGAAGAGUGGCCUGGCUCUGUGUGCCCUGAUUCACAGAUACCGACCGGAUCUCAUAGACUUUGACUCUCUGGACGUGUCCUCUGUGGAGGUCAACACUCGUCAGGGCUUCGACGUUGCAGAGCGUCACUUUGGGAUUUCUCCUCUGAUGACGGUGGAUGAGCUGUGGUCUGAACCCGACUCUCUCUCUAUGGUGAUGUACCUGAGUCAGUUCUACCAGCUGCUCCGGGACACUCCGCCCCCUGCCGGUUGUCUGAGUCAGAGCACUGACCUGAGAUCAGCUCUCAUCACGCCGGCGUCACUGCUCAGCCGACUGGGACUAAGUCCGUCCAGGAAGAGAAACCCGAAGGUCUCUAAAGAGCAGAAAGACGCUCCGGGGAAAAGGAGGAAGACCAGUCGAGAGCAGCAGGAGUCAUGUGACCUGAACGGUGAUGAUGUCAGCCAGCUGGAUGACAAGGCCUUUGUGGGCGGGUCCAGUCGCUCCAGAGUGCGUCUGAUAGCCAAUCAGCUGCAGGCGAAGCUGGACGAAAGCUCUUCUUCCUGCCGGAGUUCUCCUUCUUCUGCAGCGGUGGCGGCUUUAUGUCGACAGCAGGGAGAGCUGUUGUCCAGCCUCCCCGCCCCCUCUCAAUCUGAAGCUCCAGGUCAGACGUCGUCAUGGAGACCGUCCUCAGGCUGCAGUGACGUGUGUUUCUUCUGUCAGAAGAGAGUUUAUCUGAUGGAGCGUUUGAGUGCAGAGAGUUUGUUCUUCCAUCGCAGCUGUUUCCAAUGUUUCCACUGCAGCAACACGCUGAGACUGGCGGCGUACACCUUCGACCAACACGACCGGAGGUUCUACUGUCUGCAGCACUGCGACUCUCGUGGGAGCGCUCCGACGGCGAGGAACCGACCGCCAUCAUCUCACCGCACGUCAACCGGGUCUCUGGGCUCAGACUUGGUGAUCUCCGCUGAGCGUCGGCGCUCCUCAGUGGUUUCUGUAACGACGGCGGUGGCGACGCCAGAGAGGAUCGAGCUGGAAAACUACCGCCGAAGCUCGACGAAGAUGGAGGCGGAGCUGCAGGAGGAGCCCGAGGAGGUCUCUGAGGAGACGCUGAACCGGUUCAACAUGAGCCUGGACCAGAACGUCCACCACAGAUCCAGUUCAGAGUUGGAGAUGGAGGAAGAGGAGGAUGAGGAACAGAAAGAGGAGGAGGAAGAUGAGGAGGAGGAGGAGGAGGAGGAGGAGGAGGAAGAUGAGGAGGAAGAGGAGGAGGAUGAGGAGGAGGAGGAGGAGGAGGAAGAAGAGGAAGGCAGGGGUCGACAUCGUGUGACUUCAGAGGAGGCCAGAGCUUCAUGGAGGGAAACUCUGCAGCAACAGCUCAACCUGAUAGACGACGAGGAGGAGUGUGAUGAAGAGGUGGGAGUCAGUGAGGUGGAGUCCAGUGACGGUGAGUCUCAGGAGGGCGAGUACUCUCCGUGGGAGAUGGAGCGACAUUCGGGCCUGUGGCUCCUGUUAGAGGAGGAAACAGAGGAGGAGUUUUCUUCUCUCGUCUCCUCAGCAGUAGGAAAUGACAUCACACACCGUGACGUACCUGACUCCGCCUCCACCUCGCUGUCCUGCGUCGCCUCCUCCAUAUGUCCAGCUGAGACUCCGCCCACCGCCAACACGCCCUCCACCGCCUCCUUCGUCAGCACGGCUGACUCCGCCCCCGAUGAGGACGGAGAUGCAGCUCUGCCCACGCAGCUCAAACCUGUCGUCGUCAUGGAAACAGCUGCUAAGAGACACCCUGCUGGAGGGCGGGGCUCGUUUGAUGACAUCAGCCCUGAGCUGAAGAAGCCCCUCCUCCUGCAGGACAGAGGGCAGGGGCCAGAGGACCAGAGGGCAGAGUCUGAGGGAGUAAGGAGGGGGAGGGGCCCUAGAGGAGCCCACAGCCUCCCUGCUGGAGUCUUCCUCCCACCUCUGCAGGAUGGGGGUCAGUCUCUCCUCAGACAGGCUCCGCCCACCAGACAGGUGGAGGUGGAAGGGGGCGGGGCCAGAGCCCUGUGGAGGACGGUGUUCACUGCAAACAGGAAGAAGAAGAAGAAGAAGAAGAGCAGGACAUUACCUCCAGACGCAGCCAUUCAGAGGAGAGCUACAGGUGUGACAGAAGAGUCUGACCUGGUCUCGUCUGCUCUGCUCCAGAGAUGUUCACUGAAACCCAGAAACAACCCGGCGUACAUUCCUCAUGCUUUGGCUUUUAAACGAGCGUACGCCAUCAAGAGACGCUCUCUGAAGGACAGAGUCCCCCUCCAGGACUCUGACAGCCAGUCCUCGUGUCCCACAGAGGUGGUGGGGGCCCUGGUCCAGCCGAAGGAGCCGUCUAGCCUAAGUGUGAAGGAGACCAUGUUCCAUAGUAGACAAGAGGAUGAAGAUGAAGACCUGGAUGCAAAAAUCACCCGACGAGUUCAGAGAGCUGCUCGAAGAAAAGCCAAACAGGAACAGCUGAAGAGACUCCACAAAGCCCAGAUGAUCCAGAUGCAGCUUCAGCAGGUGGAGGAGAGACAGAGACAGCUGGAGGAGAGAGGAGUGAUGGUGGAGAAAGCUCUGAGAGGAGAAGCAGAUUAUUGGGGGGACUCCACCGACAACCAGCAGGAUAUCGAGCUUCACCUGGAAGGACUAGGUAAACUGGAUAAUCCGGCUCUUAUGCAGCAGUGGUUCCAGUUGGUCCAGCAGAAGAACUCUCUGGUCCGAUACGAAUCUGAACUCAUGAUAUUUGCACGAGAGUUGGAGUUGGAGGACCGACAGAGUCGCCUGCAGCAGGAGCUCAGAGAGCGGAUGGCGGUGGACGACCACCUGAAGCAGGACUGGGAGCUGCUGGAGGAGCGUCUGAUCCUGGAGGAGAUGCUGGACGUGGUGGAGCAGAGAGACUCUCUGGUGGCUCUGCUGGAGGAACAAAGACUGCAGGAACGACAGGAAGACCAGGAUCUGGAGGAGGUCAUGAUGACCCGAGGACUGGGACUCAGCUGGACCUGAACCUGGAAGGGUCUCUGCAAGACCCAAACUGGUCUGAACUGGUCUGCAGUGAUGUCAUAAUAACCACAGGCAUGACCUCAUCAAUGCAAAGGUUGAUAUGAAAACAGAAUUCUGGACCUGAUCUGAAGUGGACUCGACCCAAACCAAAUGUAAAUAGAUUCAGCUAACCCAGAUCUGAGAGGAGAUCUGGGUUAGAGAGGAGAUGAUCUGUGGAGUCCACACCAACUCCUCCUCUUCUUCUUCUUCUUCUUCUUCCUCCAAUCUGCCGGGUCGGACCAGAUUACGUCACAGUUAGAAUUCAUUGCUAUUUAUAGCUAGCAAUUUGGUGAUAGAUAACUACCUAUCUAGCUAGCUAGAGGCUAUAUAACUAUUUAUAAAUAGCAAUUUGGUGAUAGAUAGCUAACUAUCUAACUAGCUAGUGUGAACAGGAAUAUUAGUGGAAUAUUAAUUUUUCAUUAGACAGAUUAAUAGGAAUAUCAACUUUUUCAGAAUAAGGACAUAAAACUGUAAUAUUUAGUGCAUGUAAACGUAGUCAGUGAAGUGAAGAACAGACGUGUUUCUGCACACAGGAACACUAGUUAGUAACUUGAACUAGUUACAUGAACUACUUGACCUGGUUAACCAUGCUGUGUGUUAACUGUUAUAACUGCUGCUGCUCCUCUGAUGGUGAUAUUGAUAUUUAUUGAAAUAACUCGGUUUUCAGUGUUAAAGUUAUUCAGACAUAUUGAUUAUUGUGCCAACACCAGACUUCACCUGUCUGCCUUUUUUCAUCUCCACCUGUUUGCCAUCUGAUCAAUAACUGAUGAUUAUUGGUCAUGUGACUGAUGAUGUAACCUGUCUGCCAUCUGAUCAAUAACUGAUGAUUAUUGGUCAUGUGACUGAUGAUGUAACCUGUCUGCCAUCUGAUCAAUAACUGAUGAUUAUUGGUCAUGUGACUGAUGAUGUAACCUGUCUGCCAUCUGAUCAAUAACUGAUGAUUGUUGGUCAUGUGACUGAUGAUGUAACCUGUCUGCCAUCUGAUCAAUAACUGAUGAUUAUUGGUCAUGUGACUGAUGAUGUAACCUGUCUGCCAUCUGAUCAAUAACUGAUGAUUAUUGGUCAUGUGACUGAUGAUGUAACCUGUCUGCCAUCUGAUCAAUAACUGAUGAUUAUUGGUCAUGUGACUGAUGAUGUAACCUGUCUGCCAUCUGAUCAAUAACUGAUGAUUAUUGGUCAUGUGACUGAUGAUGUAACCUGUCUGCCAUCUGAUCAAUAACUGAUGAUUAUUGGUCAUGUGACUGAUGAUGUAACCUCUCUGCCAUCUGAUCAAUAACUGAUUAUUAUUGGCCAUGUGACUGAUGAUGUAACCUGUCUGCCAUCUGAUCAAUAACUGAUUAUUGGUCAUGUGACUGAUGAUGUAACUAUGUACUGAUAACAAACAGCCUUCUGACAUCACUUCUUCUUCUUCUCUGAUAAAUGAUUGAUUUACCUCUGA